AUGAAAAUUUGGAUAACUGAUAGCGAUAUCGCUUAUCGACUCGUUUCUGUCGUUGAAAAUUAUGGCGAUAAAUUCAUCAUUGCAUUUCGUGAUGAAAAAGGAUUCUUUGAGAAGGACAUCUGCAAUUUAAGCGAACUUAAUGAAGCAAAUGUUCUUCAUGCAAUUCGUUCUCGAUACGCAGCACGACUUAUCCAUACAUAUUCGGGUCUCUUUUGUCUUGUGGUUAAUCCAUGGAUGAAUCUAGAAUUAUAUUCACCAGAAGUAAUGCAUGAGUAUGCAAACAGCCUCGAUACCACUGCUAAUCUACCACCUCAUGUUUAUGCUUUGGCUCAGUCAGCAUACGAUGGCCUUUUCGGCGGUGAAAAUCAAUCAAUCUUAAUAACGGGUGAAAGCGGUGCGGGUAAGACUGUCAAUACUAAGAAGAUCAUUGAAUAUAUAGGCAUUGUUGCCAACAAGCAAUGUCCAUCAGCAAAUAAUCCAAAUCGCAUCGAUGAAAAACUCACUGCUGUUGGAGUUAUUAUUGAAUCAUUUGCUAAUGCUUCAACAGUUCAUAAUAGCAAUAGUUCGAGAUUGGGUAAAUUUAUUCGGAUGGAUUUCGACGACUACAUGCAAAUGAUUGGAGCAGAAAUACAGUGUUAUCUUUUGGAGAAAUCUCGCGUUGUUAAGCAAAAUGAAGGCGAUCGAAAUUUCCAUAUUUUUUACCAGCUAUUGUCGGAUGCAUUCGGCGAUGAAUAUCGCUAUUCAUUAGGCCUUGGUCAGAAGGCCAACGCAUAUCGUUUUUUGAAUCAAGGAGGAAGGAUUAACGAUUUGGAGAUUAAUGAUAUACGUGAUGCAAAUGAAACCAAGGUGACAAUAUCAAGAUUUCGGAUUAUAUUUCAGCGAUCUCUCGCCCUUGUUGGAUUUAGCAGUGAGGAAAUAUUGCAAAUCAACGAAAUUUUGGCAUCUUGCAUCCUUCUUGGAGAAAUUAAAUUUAGCGAAAGAAGUGGCUUAGAUAUUACAUAUGUUGAUGGCAAUAAAGAAGUGGGAGCAGCAUGCCGCGUUUUGGGUGUUAAAAUAAGUAGUUUAAUUGAUGCUCUCACCCAACCGUCGAUGAAAGUGAGCGAUGUUCUCAUCAAAAAAAGCCAAAAUCUUCGGAAGACACUUUCAUCGCUUUCUGCUUUGUGUAAAUGCAUUUAUGAACGAUUAUUUACGUGGAUUUUAUUAAGAUGUAAUGCAGCAUUAGGCGAAUCGUUUAAUAUGGAAGAAUCGUUGAAAACAAAAUAUAUUGGAGUAUUAGACAUAGCUGGAUUCGAAAUAAUACAGAAAAAUAGUUUUGAGCAGUUUUGCAUCAACUAUACAAAUGAAAAAUUGCAACAAUUUUUCAACGAUUUUAUGUUCAUUCGGGAACAACAAGAAUAUGAAAGUGAAGGAAUUUAUUGGCAAAGGAUUGACUAUGGUAACGACAUGCAAAAUACGAUUGAGCUUAUCGAAAAGCCAUUAGGAUUAUUUUCAUUGCUGCAAGAAGAAUGUUUGGUGCCAAAUGGAAGUGAUGAAUUACUGCUGCAGAAAUUGAUAGCCAAUCACUCUUCAAAUCCUGCUUUCGCUAGAUCCAGGCAAUCAGCCAGAAAUACAACAGUAGCGCAUUUUUGUAUAACACAUUAUGCUGGCGUUGUACAAUACAAUAUUGAUGGAUGGGUGGAAAAAAAUAAGGAUGCAGUAGAAAAGAAUGGAUUACGGGUAUUGAGUGAGAGUUCGAAACCGAUCAUUAGAAUUCUCUUUCCUCCAGUAGAAGAAGACAAACCACGAUCAAGGAGACAACCAAUGAAUGCAAAUACUGUUACUUAUAUCUAUAAGGAGCAACUGUUGAGCCUUUUGGACACUCUAAAUUCUACUCGAGCUCAGUUUAUAAGAUGCAUCGCGCCAAAUCGCAAUCGUAAGCCAGGAAUCAUCGAUUCAUUUUUGGUACUGAAUCAGCUAAGAUGUAAUGGAGUACUAGAAGGAGUUAGAAUUUGUCGCCAAGGCUAUCCAAAUAGGGUGCCAUUUCGCGACUUUGUGGAAAAAUAUCGCAUACUUAUACCUCAAAAUGCAUACACACUGGAUCGGGCAGGAGCAUCAGACCUUUUAUAUGCUUUAGAAUUAGAUGAAAAUCUUGUGCAAAUUGGUAAAAGUAAAGUGUACUGCAAAAUAGGAGUAAUAACCGAGCUAGAAAACCGUCGACGAGCUUGCAUCAAUGCUAUGAUAUGUAAAAUUCAAGCAACUAUUCGAUGGUAUAUGCAACAAGUUGAAUGCGAAAAGCGAAUGCAGCGAAGGGAGGCUCUAUUGAUUAUACAGCAGAACGUUCGACAAUAUUCCAAAGUAGCCAAUUGGAGAUGGUAUCGCCUAUUUCUCCUUGUGAAAGAACUUAUCCCUAUGCAACAAGAUAAAAAACGCAUAGAAGAACUGGAAAAAGAAAACAGCCAACUUUUAGAGGUGUGA